CCCCCUCUUCUCACCCCUUUGCCCCGUCACACCUCCCCCUCUUUCUCUCCUGCUUCUCCUUCCAGUCUGGUUCUCCUGUUGUGCCGUUGGCUUUGGUGAGGGAGCUGGGGGAGGGAUCUCGCGAUUGUUGGACUUUUUUUUUUCCGGGGGGGAGAGUUAUUUUGGAAGAUGGCGCCCGUUGUUACGGGGAAGUUUGGUGAGCGACCUCAGCGUUUGACAAGGGAGGCUAUGAGGAAUUACUUGAAGGACAAAAAUGAUCAAACUGUGAUCAUACUACAUGCAAAAGUUGCACAAAAGUCCUACGGCAAUGAAAAAAGGUUUUUCUGCCCUCCACCAUGUGUGUACCUGAUGGGCAGUGGCUGGAAGAAAAAGUUGGAGAAUAUGGAGAAGGAGGGGUGCACGGAGCAGGAGGCCCAGCCAUGUGCAUUCAUCGGGAUAGGCAACAGCGAGCAGGAGAUGCAGCAACUCAAUCUGGAGGGAAAGCACUUCUGCACAGCUAAGACUCUGUACAUCAGUGACUCGGACAAAAGAAAACACUUCAUGCUGUCUGUGAAGAUGUUGUACGGGAACAGCGACAACAUAGGAGUCUUCCUCAGCAAGAGGAUCAAGGUCAUCUCCAAGCCCUCCAAGAAGAAACAGUCCUUGAAAAAUGCAGAUUUGUGUAUAGCUUCAGGGACUAAGGUGGCGUUGUUUAACCGCCUGCGUUCCCAGACAGUCAGUACCAGGUAUCUUCAUGUGGAGGGGGGGAACUUUCUCGCCAGCUCCCAACAGUGGGGAGCCUUCUACAUCCACCUCUUGGACGAGGAGGAGUCUGAGGGAGAGGAGUUUGCUGUGAGAGACGGCUAUAUUCACUAUGGCCAGACAGUCAAACUGGUCUGUUCUGUUACUGGCAUGGCCCUGCCGAGACUGGUCAUUCGUAAAGUAGACAAGCAGACUGCAUUAAUGGACGCAGAUGACCCGGUGUCCCAGCUUCACAAGUGUGCCUUCUACCUGAAAGAUACAGACAAAAUGUAUCUCUGUCUCUCGCAGGAGAGGAUCAUCCAGUUUCAGGCCACACAGUGCUCCAAAGAGACGAACAAGGAGAAUGUAAACGAUGGGGCUUCCUGGACUAUCAUUAGCACUGACAAGGCAGAGUACACCUUUUACGAGGGAAUGGGACCGGUCCCAACACCGGUCACACCUGUCCCUGUGGUGGAGACUUUGCAGUUAAACGGGGGAGGAGAUGUGGCGAUGUUGGAGCUGACCGGACAGAACUUCACCCCCAAGCUCAGAGUGUGGUUUGGAGAUGUGGAGGCUGACACCAUGUAUAGAUGUGGAGAGAGCGUCCUGUGUGUGGUGCCGGACAUUUCUGCCUUCAGGGAGGGCUGGCGCUGGGUGAGACAGCCGGUACAAGUCCCUGUCACACUAGUCCGCAACGAUGGAGUUAUCUACUCCACCGCCCUCACCUUCACCUACACCCCUGAGCCUGGGCCCAGACCCCACUGCGGUGCUGCUGGGGCCAUUCUGCGGACACAUAGCACCUCUUCAUCAUCACCGGCAUCUUCAUCUUCCCCUUCAUCCUCGUUGGGGGGGCUCGGGGACGGCCAUGGGGCUUACAACGGUAGUGACUCAGGCAUGUCGUCAGGGGCGUCCACCAUGUCGCUACUGUCAUAGUCAAUCUGUCUGUGCUUUGAACGGCUGAGAGAGAACAUGUGUGCAUAUGCUUUUGAGCCAGAAAAGCUCAUGGACCUGUGAAGAAAUGCACACAGACUCACAAACUCUUCAUCAGAGAGCAACUGUGAUCAUUGGGAAUGCUAAAGAAAAGUUGGAGAAAAAAAGCAAGGACAAAGAGAAUACUGAAUUCUCUCUUUAGCUCCCUCUACUGGUUUGUUUUGGACAUUUCAAAAGCUACACUUAAAGGACCUCGAUAUUCAAGAUGUUCAGCUAAGAGAAGGAAAAUGCCCCAUGUAACGCUCACAACAACCGGAUUUGUACAAGAAACAAUAAUUUAGUUUUUUUAUACGCCUGUGGGAAGCUAUUUCAGCUGUGCUCUCUUUCUACUGAGAUCACGUUUUUGCUGAACAGGUCUUGUUGAUUCAUCUGCUGUGUGCAAGGGAAACAUUUGUUGUAAGAGUAACAUAGUUUUUACGGACCAAGGAAUAUUAUAUUAUUUUAUUCAUAUUAUAUUUUAUAAGCUUUUGCCGAGGUACAUUUGACUUUUUUUAUUUUAUGAUACUGCAUAGUAAGUUCACUUUUGUUACCAAAUAGAUUUUUUUUCAUGUUGACUCCUUUUUGAGUUUUGUCUAAAUCUUUAGGUCAUUAAAGGUGGGGUAGGUAAGUUUGAGAAACCGGCUCGAGAUACACUUUUUGUUAUAUUCCAUGGAAUGCUCUUAACAUCCCGA